CCCUUCCAUAUUACACUAUUACAACAGGGAUUGUUUCUCAUCACUCUUCAGUCAGUGAGGACAGAGGCCAAUGAGAAAGCUCUGUGAUGCGGGAAAUGUCUUAAUAUAAUAGUGCAGUGUGUGCGUGAAAUUACAAUAAUUUUCUUUGAAACUUGAAGACGCAUUCAUCUGUGAAUGGCCUGCUGGUUGAUGUUCCUGUCACAACACUUCUUCAAAGUGACUCCUAUCUUAAGGUCAUAUGCCAGUGCACCUGCUAGGUGGUCUAAGUGGUGUGUCCCAGUGGCAGCUAUGGCCACAAAGGCCACAGAGGAUGCUUUCCGCCCACCAGUGUGUACCUUACCUGAGGCUGGAGGAAUGCUGAACCGUGACCUCUUUGUAAAAACACUUCUUCUCCCGGCUGUCCGUUUUAACAAGAAGCUGACUAGUGUUUGCCUACGGGCCUUAAAGUCAAAAGCACUGACCCGCAAGCCGUUCUUGAGAAAUAAUCCAAGCAACCCUGAUGAGAAAGUCCUUCUCCUGAACCCAGAGGUGGUCUCAUCAGGUGAUGUCUUGUCACUGGGAGAGGCGGGCGCCGGCUUUCUGAAGGAGCAUAGCUUGGAGGGUAAAUUUGGCGAGUACCAGCUGGAGUUGAGGUACAGCGACUGGACAAGUGAGGAGGUCCUGCGGUCCUUGCUGCCCAAAGGUGUGGAGGUACCAACAGGCUUCAGUCGGAUUGGUCACAUUGCUCACUUGAACCUCAGACCAGAGCAGCUGAAGUACAAGCAUGUUAUUGGUGAAGUUCUUAUGGACAAGAAUCCAGGACUGAAAACUGUUGUGAAUAAGACUGGAGAAAUCAACAAUGAGUUUCGCUUCUUCAGCAUGGAGCUACUGGCUGGAGAGAAUAACUUGAUUGCCAUGACAAAGGAGCAUGGUAAUUCCUUUGAAUUUGACUUCUCCAAGGUCUACUGGAAUCCGCGGCUCUCUACAGAGCAUGCCAGGAUUGUGGGCCUGCUGAACAGGGGCGAUGUCGUGUACGAUGUGUUUGCUGGGGUGGGGCCUUUUGCCGUGCCUGCCGCUAAGAAAGGGUGUGAUGUCCUGGCAAAUGAUCUGAAUCCGGAAUCCUUUAAGUGGCUGCAGCGGAAUAUCAAAUUGAACAAAAUCGAGAUGGGGUUAAUAAAGGCCUACAACUUGGACGGCAGGGAGUUUAUCAAAGAAGUCGUGCGCAAAGACUUGAUUAAGAGGGCGGAGGAGUGGAACACGGAAAGCAAUCCUCGCCAGAGGACCCACGUAGUCAUGAACCUGCCCUCGCUGGCUAUGGAAUUUUUGGACGCUUUCCCGGACCUCUUGCGGAACGUUGCGCCAGGGGUCAGGGGUCGGAUUGGGCUCCCCACCGUGCACUGCCAUUGCUUCUCAAAAGAGGCGGAUGCAGCCAGGGAUGUGCGGCAUCGCAUCGAGGCUGUCCUGAGUCACAGCAUCGAGGGCGCCCUCAUCCACGACGUCAGGGAUGUGGCACCAAAUAAAGAGAUGAUGUGCGCAUCAUUUGAAUUGCCAGGGGCCGUCGUAUUUGGAGACAGCACAGAAGAUUCGCAGGCAGCAAUUAACGAACCACAAGCCAAGAAGUCCAGAACGGAAUGAGAGGUUAACUCCCCACAUGCAAUCACUUUGGGCAGAUAGUUGACAUAACAAACGUACUGGAUGAUCAGACUCUUCUCCCCCCCCCCCUUUGUGGUGCAAAGUACAACCUCCUCUUUCCUGGGGAAAGCUCCGGAAAAAAAAAAAAAGAACAGAAUUUUUGUGCAAAUGCCCAUUGUUUCCAGGAAGUACUGAUAUUGUGAGUCAAUUAAUUUGAAGGUGGGGUGCACCCAGCCUUUUACUGCGUUGAUUGCUCUAUGGUAUGCACUAAAAUUAUGGAUUCCAAAGAAAGGAAUUCUUGACCAUGUUUGUCAAUUUCAUGUUCCAUUUGUCAACAGCUCGGUGAUUUUGCAUAGGGCAGAGUCAAUUCGAAUAAUUUACUAGUCAAACACUAGUCAUAAUAAUUCACUGGUCAACCUGUAAUCCAACCAAAUAUCUGAAUAUUUAGUUGUACCAACUGGCAGAAUGUUGAUGAAUGAACCAAAUACAUGUACAAUCAGUUGCCUUAACCCUCCUAUGGUUUUACAGCACAAAUAUGCACGAGUGCCCACAGUC